AUGGAAGAAGCUGCAUUAUGGAUGAUGCCUCAAAGGGCUUAUAGAAAUAUUAAAACAAUGUUAUUUAACGAAGGAUAUAAUUUAACUGACUUUCAGGGAUUAUUAGAUAUACAAGAUGAAAUUCAUACUCAACAAGUUAAUGAUAUAAUUGAUUAUGUACUUGAUGCCCUAAAGGAUUCUUCUUUUGAUGGUUCUAAGUGCUUAUAUGUUGAUGGUUGUGGAGGAUCUGGAAAAACAUUUUUAUACAUUACGCUAUGGCAUUUGUUAAGAAGUAACGGAAUAAAUGUUUGCAACAUGGCAUUUACAGGUAUAGCUACGACUCUGCUUCCUAAUGGAAAAACUGUUCAUAAAGUUUUAGGCUUACCCGUUCCAUUAUACAGUGAUUCAUCUUCAAACAUUAAAGUUCAAUCUAAAGAAGGCCUCUAUUUAAAAAAUAUGGAUGUUUUUAUUUGGGAUGAAGCACCAAUGGCUCCAAAAUAUGCUUUAGAAAUUAUGGAUUAUCUAUUAAGAGAUAUAAUGAAUUCCAACGAACCUUUUGGUGAUUUUUUACUUAAAAUUGGCAAUGGUGAAUUAAAUGAUGCAGAUGAUAAUGUUAUAUUACCAGAACAUAUUAUUCAAGAAGGGAAUGUAGAUAUUGCUGAAGAAAUGUAUAGUCAGUUUAUACAACAAAAUAAAUUUGAGGAGAUGUCGGAGUGUGCUAUUUUAGCACCUAGAAACGUUGACGUUGAUGAUAUCAAUAAGAGAGUGGUGCGUCUCUUAGACAGUAAAGCAAUCAUGCCACCAAGAAAGGCUACACCAACUGGCUAUGAACUCAUUGACUACGACAAAUUACUUUAUGCUAUAAAUCAAAUAAACCCUGCCAGAUUUGGAUUUACUAUAUGUCCACUUUUAAAGUGGACAAAUGGUAGACAUGUAGACAUACGGUAA